AUGGCACCAGUCACGGCUUGGGACCGGUUGGUCCGAUACGUUUCUGCAAAGGAUGGCAAGGUCAGACUCGGCGAGCCCAUCGUCAGCGACUCCAAACCGGACAUCGAUGCCCUGGCGCAAAAGGGCGGGUUGAAAGUCAAAGUCCUCGAGGGCCCGAACCCCAUCGAAGCAAAGCAGACGGGCGAAGAGGACGAAGUCAAGACGUUGCUGGGUCCGCUGACGCCGCAGGAUGUCCCGAUUGUGAGGUGUAUUGGGUUGAAUUAUAAGACGCAUAUCCUCGAAACCGGCUUCGACCUCCCCACUAACCCAACCCUCUUCCUCAAAUCCUCCAUGUCCGUCGCCGACACGCGCCAGCCGGUCCCCAUCCCACCCCUCGGCCAGCCCAAAUGCGACUACGAAGGCGAACUAACCAUCGUCAUCGGGCGCGACGCCCUCAACGUCUCCGAAGCCGACGCCCUCGACUACGUCGCGGGCUACGUCUCCGGCAACGACGUCUCGUGCCGCGACUGGCAGAUGGACAAGGACAAAGCGGGCAUGAUGCCGCAGUGGUCCUUCUCCAAGUCCUUCGACAAGUACGCGCCGCUGGGGCCCGCGAUCGUGUCGACGAAGGUGCUGGGGGAUGCGAAGGGGCUGAAGUUGCAGACGUUUGUGAAUGGCGAGGAGAGGCAGAGCUCGAAUACGAGUGAUUUGUGCUUUGGGGUCAGGCAGCUGGUGAGCUUUUUGAGUACCGGGCAGACGUUGCUUAAGGGGAGUUUGAUCAUGACGGGGACGCCGGGUGGGGUGGGCAUUGGCAUGAAGCCUGAGCCGAAGUAUUUGAGGGAUGGGGAUGAGGUUGUGGUGGAGAUUGAGGGGAUUGGGAAGGUGGUUAAUAAGAUGGAGUUUGUGAAGUAG